AUGCUGGGUCUGGAGAUGGCUGCGGUAGUUUUGCGGACGAAAUGGUCCUUGAAAGAUCCAACACGUUUGAGAAGCUUUGUUUUCGCGGCCGAAAGCAACACAGAACUGGCAUCUUGGAAAGGUGUGGUGACAGAGCCGACUUUCUGUUUCUUUGAAGGUUGGGAAGACAUCGUACAGGGGUCGGCAACACACUCAACACAGUAA